GGUACAGGCCCCCGCGGGUUGUUAAACUGACCACCCACCCACCCCCCGGUAGCUCUGAGGGGAAGUGGAGACCCUCCUCUUUCCCUCUCCUCCUCCAUCCACACGACCCACCGAUAAUAUUGUCCCGGAUACCGAGGCGGGCACUGCUCGCUCCUCGCUCGAGACCGACAGCCAAGCCAGACCGAGACGAGAGAAAAGACCAUCCUCCUUUCCCCUCCCUCUUUCUCUCUCUCUCUCCCCUCUCUCGCUCAAUCACUCCAAUCUCUCUCUCUCUCGUGUACACGAAUUCACUCUCUUCCUCAUCCCCACCUCCGGGACCAACAUGGACAAGAACGAGCUGGUGCAGAAAGCCAAGUUGGCCGAGCAGGCCGAGCGCUACGACGACAUGGCGGCCUCGAUGAAAGCGGUCACCGAGCAGGGCCUGGAGCUCUCCAACGAGGAGCGCAACCUGCUGUCGGUCGCGUACAAGAACGUGGUCGGGGCCCGGCGCUCCUCUUGGCGGGUCAUCUCCAGCAUCGAGCAGAAGACCGAGAGCAACGAGAAAAAGCAGCAGAUGGCCCGGGAAUACCGGGAGAAAAUCGAGGCCGAGCUGCGGGACAUCUGCAAUGAUGUACUGGCUCUUCUUGAUAAAUACUUGAUUACCAAUGCUUCUUCUCCAGAGAGUAAAGUUUUCUACUUGAAAAUGAAGGGAGAUUACUACCGUUACUUAGCUGAAGUGGCUUCUGGGGAUGACAAGAAAGCCACUGUGGAACAUUCGCAACAGGCCUACCAAGAAGCAUUUGAAAUCAGUAAAAAAGAGAUGCAACCAACACACCCUAUCCGCCUGGGAUUGGCCCUUAACUUCUCGGUGUUUUAUUAUGAAAUUCUUAACUCUCCAGAACAAGCUUGCUCUCUUGCAAAGUCUGCAUUUGAUGAAGCAAUUGCAGAGCUUGAUACACUGAAUGAAGAUUCCUACAAAGACAGCACAUUAAUAAUGCAGUUAUUGCGAGAUAACUUGACAUUGUGGACAUCAGACAACCAGGGGGAAGAGGCUGACGCUGGUGAAGGAGAGAACUAAACUUCCACCUUCUAGUUCUGUCUGCCUCAUUCCUGAAUCUUCACCAUCAAGACUAUUUGUAAUCUCUGCUGUCCCACUAGUUUCUCUUUUAGGUCUUUUGGAGAGCUUCUGUCACUUCUGUUGGGUCUCUGUGUUUCCCAUGUGGUUUGUGUUUGAUAGGGGAGAAGAGCCAAUUCAUAUUGGGAACUCUUGUACUGUAUGUUCCAGGUGGCCAAUGUAAAUUCAGGGUGUGGAAUUUUUUUUAUACCAGUUUUAAACAUUUGGUUAGUACUCUUUUUGUAGCUGUGGUUUACCACAAAGCUAAUGUCAAAUGUUUCCUGUACUAGCAAAGAAGGAUGCCCAUAACUUAGUGUAUGUAAUGGGAAAUGGCAUAGAUUCAGUUUGAAUUGUGCAAUUUCUAAGGAGUUACUAAUCGGUAGAUCAAACCUGCACCAUCUAUUACAUGUCUCAGGAUUUUUGGGAUAGGGCAGAGGAGGAUUAACAUUCCAUGAGUUGCAAGAUUCACCAUUUCUCAUGUCUUCAUUUUGCUACACAAAUGACAUCUGAACAUUUUAUUUGUAUUUAAAAGAAAUUAUUGUCAACGUAAGAACAAAUGUACAAGCAAACAUGCAGUUAAAAUUAAAUGCUUAACUUUGAUAAUGUAUGUUUAAGAGGUAAAAAAAACCUUCCCAUGUGUUUUUCUGGUAACUACCUUUUUUAGUUUUUGCUUUGUGGUCUUGAUUGCCUAACACGCAUGUGGCUGUGAAAUAGUUAACAGGGAAGUAAUGAGAUAUAUUGCUGUAUGGCUAGCUGCAUUCAUGUCUUCUGGACUUUUCAUAAGAACACAAGCAUAAUUGUUAUCAAGAAAAUGUGUAAAGUUGAUGUAAGUGGAAUAAAAUGUUUUAUGAAUGAUUUUUUAAAAUUUCAAUUUGACUUACUAAAUUAUAUGCUGAUACUUGUGUCUCAAGUGGAAUAGAAUUCACAAAUGUCUGAAUGUAUGAGGUUGAAGGCUUUGGAAGAAUGCUCAAACUGCUGCCUCAUAAAUGAAGGAAUAAUUGUUCAGCAUAAUUUCAAUCUAGAUUGGUUUUCUGACUGUCUUGACGUAUUCCUGAAACUGUUGAAACCUAAUUGAGUGGAUGAUAUACCUCCAUUUUAACUGUAAAUAGUACAUUGGCAGUGUUUUCAGUAUUUGCUGAAAAAUUUUGCUGUGCACAAUUGUAAAACUUAAGAUUAUGCAUCAUCUGCAAAUACUUCAGAAUUUAAAGAGACCAAGCUUUAAUUUUGGACAUCUUACCAUAGCUUUAUAGUGAUAUUUUUUCCUAGUUCCCUAGUUAAACGAUACCUAUUUUAAGAUGACAACUCCAAUGUACUAUGUUAUGAUGCAUCGGUAUCCUUUUGAAAAUGUUAGCAUAUUAGAUUUUUUGUUUAACCUUCCACUGAUUAUCAAAGUUAAUAAAAACCCAUGCAGAAA